UGGAAGGAGUUGCUGUGAAAUGGAUCUGUCAAACAAUCCACUCACAUGCAUCUCUGAUACUCGGAUAAAUUUAAAUGGAAAUGAUUUAAAGGCAGAUGAACAUUCUGCUUUUGUUGAAACCGAUAAAGGUCCACAUCUAUUUCUUACAUUCUCUGGAGCUCAAGAUCAAGCUGGCAUCCACAAGUUUGGGAGUAAAAGAGUGAGACCAACCGGCCCUGAUAAAGAGCAGUACUACGUGGGACUGGUGGUCAGCAGGAGAGAGAAUGAAACAUUGCAGAACAAAGUUUAUGCUUUUUAUAAAGAGAAGAACAAAGACCAAGGACUGAGCAAAGACAUGUGGCUCCCCUUUGUGAGCCAAGUUUGCACGGCGGAUGAAGGGGGUCCAAAGAACAACCUCCAGUUUAAGUGGACGUCACUGAUGAAUGCAAGGCUGUAUUGUGGAAACCCAGACAGCAAACAGCAUUUCUCUGAGCUGGUAGAUGUAGCUAUUGUGGACGCGCCACGGUGGCAGGAUACCAGAGUUUAUGGGCUUUUCAGAAAUGAAUGGGGCAUGAGUGCUGUGUGCAUCUACACCAUAGAAGACAUUAACAACAUUUUCAUCACGUCCCCUUUUAACGGUUCAAAAGAGGAUGAUGCAGUGGACAAACGGAGAAAACAGUGUGUCCCGGACAGCACCAAGAUAAGUUCAGAUGUCCUGAUGAGGAUUGAAAAGGUGUCGGAGAUGAAGGACUGGGUGCAGCCGCUGAACAAGAUGGGUCCAGUUCUCGUUAAGCACCACAACUACACCCGGAUCUAUGUGGAUUUUUCCCUGGAGACUCAACAAUCUGUCAUGUUUCUUUCUCUAAGUAAAGGUUUUAUUCAUAAGGUGGUGCAGAAGGAAAACCAUUCUCUCAUCAUCGCUGAGUAUCAACCUUCAAAACCCCCAGACCACAUCUUCAGUUUCAUCUUCAGUCCCUCCUCUAAAACUCUGUAUGUGAAAUCAAAAAAUGAGCUGAUCCAAAUUAAUAUGGCAAACUGUCAUAUGUAUGGAAAAACCUGCCAGGAUUGUGGGCUGUCCAGUGAUCCAUACUGUAUUUGGAGGAACGAGCAGUGCAGCAGUGUGACACCACAUCAUAUGGUCAUCCCGAGCCACGAGAAUUGCCCAACACGCCAAGCUUAUCAACAAUCAGGUGCUGCAGGACCUAAAGUCAACAAUGUGUCCCUUAUCACAGUUCCCUUUCUGUCAAGACACUUCCUACAAUGCCCAGUGUCAUCCCAUCAUGCCAAUUACAUCUGGCGCGGUCCUGAAGGAUCCAAACCCUGCAACCUAAAUGAGGGGCUGUGCCUUUACCUGAUCUACAGCAUGACUCCCAAGCAGGAGGGAAAUUAUGCAUGUGAGUCCGAGGAAAAGGGCUAUUCGAAGGUUCUAGCUCAGUACCAGCUGAGAAGCACAGCUGCAGGGCAGACAUUUGGUCCAAGAGUCUGGCUCUGGCUUUUCCUGGGUUUAGUUUUGAACAUAAUUCAUUAGAACUUUCCUACAAAUACUGAGCU